GCCACCUUAUAUCAGAUUUUGUUUCUGUCUUUCGCCAAGUUGAUGUGUAAAUAGGGUGUUUUGCUGUCAAUUAAUUAAAUUUUCUUCGUGAAUUAGUUAGAUAAACUUGUAGUGUUAUUGGUGUUUAAGUAAUAUAGUUUUGUAGUGACCCCUUUGGACUGCCCAAGAGACAUGCCAGCGGUUAGGGGAGAUGGCAUGCGUGGCUUGGCCGUUUUUAUUUCUGAUAUAAGAAAUUGCAAAAGUAAAGAGGCUGAAAUCAAGCGAAUAAACAAAGAAUUAGCCAAUAUACGUAGUAAGUUUAAAGGGGACAAAACUCUAGAUGGAUACCAAAAGAAGAAAUAUGUCUGCAAACUUUUAUUUAUAUUUUUGCUGGGACAUGAUAUUGAUUUUGGACAUAUGGAAGCAGUGAAUUUGUUAUCCUCAAACAAAUACUCUGAGAAGCAAAUAGGAUACUUAUUUAUAUCAGUGCUAGUCAACACUAAUAGUGAACUAAUAAAGUUAAUUAUACAAAGUAUUAAAAAUGAUUUGGCAUCCAGAAAUCCGAUCCACGUCAAUUUGGCACUGCAAUGCAUCGCGAACAUCGGAAGCCGCGAAAUGGCCGAGGCUUUCGGCAACGAUAUCCCAAAACUGCUGGUUUCAGGGGACACCAUGGACGUGGUGAAACAGAGCGCAGCUUUGUGCCUGUUGCGUUUGUUCAGGACGUCGCAGGAGAUAAUACCCGGCGGCGAAUGGACGUCUCGUAUAAUCCAUCUGUUGAACGAUCAACACAUGGGCGUUGUAACCGCCGCCACGAGCUUAAUCGAUGCUCUGGUCAAGAAGAACCCCGAGGAAUACAAGGGAUGCGUCGGCUUGGCCGUAUCUCGGCUCAGUAGAAUCGUGACGGCUAGUUACACCGACUUGCAGGAUUAUACUUAUUACUUCGUACCGGCGCCUUGGCUGUCGGUUAAACUGUUGAGGCUCCUUCAGAAUUAUACCCCACCAGCUGAGGAUCCGGGCGUCAGAGGCAGACUGAACGAAUGCUUGGAAACAAUAUUGAACAAGGCCCAGGAGCCACCCAAGUCCAAAAAAGUGCAGCACUCGAACGCCAAGAACGCGGUUCUCUUCGAAGCCAUCAGUUUGAUAAUCCACAAUGAUAGCGAAGCUAAUCUAUUAGUGCGUGCAUGCAAUCAGUUGGGACAGUUCCUCAGCAAUCGUGAGACGAAUCUGAGAUACUUGGCACUGGAAUCCAUGUGCCAUUUGGCCACGUCGGAAUUCUCCCACGAGGCGGUCAAAAAGCACCAAGAAGUGGUUAUUUUGUCGAUGAAAAUGGAAAAGGAUGUGUCGGUAAGACAACAGGCGGUCGACCUACUGUACGCUAUGUGCGACAAGACCAACGCUGAGGAAAUAGUGCAGGAAAUGCUGAACUACCUGGAAACCGCCGACUAUUCGAUCAGGGAGGAGAUGGUACUCAAAGUGGCCAUCCUCGCCGAGAAGUACGCCACCGACUACACUUGGUACGUCGACGUGAUACUAAACUUAAUCAGAAUAGCCGGAGACUACGUCUCUGAAGAAGUCUGGUACCGCGUCAUCCAGAUCGUCAUCAACCGCGAUGAAGUGCAGGGCUACGCCGCCAAAACGGUGUUUGAGGCCCUCCAAGCUCCCGCAUGCCACGAAAACAUGGUCAAAGUAGGCGGUUACAUCCUCGGGGAGUUCGGAAAUCUCAUCGCCGGCGACCAGAGAUCCUCACCUUCCGUACAAUUCCAAUUGCUCCAUUCGAAAUAUCAUCUGUGCUCACCCAUGACAAGGGCACUGCUGUUGUCUACCUACAUCAAGUUCAUCAAUCUCUUCCCCGAAAUCCGCACCCAAGUGCAGGAGGUGUUCAAGCAGCACAGCAAUCUGAGGUCGGCGGAUGCGGAACUGCAACAAAGGGCCUCCGAAUAUCUACAGCUGAGCAUCAUCGCCAGCCCCGACGUUCUGGCCACCGUCUUGGAGGAAAUGCCGGCGUUCCCCGAGAGGGAGAGCUCCAUUUUGGCCGUUUUGAAGAAGAAGAAGCCGGGACGGGUCCCGGAGAAUGACAUUAAGGAAAACAAGAGCCCAACCCCAGUUGCCAACCAUAACAAUGAGGUUAACAGCACCAGCAACACCGUGUCUGGAGACCUACUGGGAUUGUCCACUCCGCCUACUUCUCAACCUAAUUCUGGAAACACUGGUGUAUUGCUCGAUGUUUUGGGAGACAUUUACAACAACUCCACCAAUAACAGCAACUACACGCAAUACAACCCCAAAAAAUUCAUUUGUAAAAACAACGGAGUACUGUUCGAGAACGACUUGAUACAAAUCGGUGUGAAAAGCGAAUUCCGCAACAAUUUGGGCCGUUUAGGUUUGUUUUACGGCAAUAAAACGAGUGUACCGCUACAGAAUUUCGUACCGAACUUGUUGUGGUCCGACGAGCAAACCAACAAACUGAACAUACAAAUGAAGCCCGUGGAACCUGUUCUCGAAGCCGGUGCUCAGAUACAGCAAAUGAUUAACGCCGAAUGCAUUGACGAUUACACUGAUGCGCCCAGCAUAGUUGUGAGUUUCUUGUACAAUAAUUCUCCCCAGAAAAUCACUAUCAAACUACCGAUUACGCUGAACAAGUUCUUCGAGCCCACCGAAAUGAAUGGCGAGUCCUUCUUUGCCAGGUGGAAGAAUCUUGGAAGUACAAAUCAACAACGAUCUCAAAAAAUCUUCAAGGCAACGGGCCCGAUGGAUCUGGCGGCGGCCCGAGUGAAAAUCAUCGGUUUCGGCAUGCAGUUGUUGGACGGCAUCGACCCCAAUCCGGACAAUUUCGUGUGCGCCGGCAUCAUUCACAUGCGCACCCAACAAGUGGGAUGUCUUCUUCGUCUGGAACCAAACAAAAAUGCUCAGAUGUACAGAUUAACUGUUCGAUCCAGCAAAGAAAGCGUAUCGGUUGAAGUCUGCGAACUUCUGGCCGACCAGUUUUAACUCAUGUAGAUGAUUUAUAAGUAAUGAUAGGAGUGCAUUCCAAUUUAAAAUUUAGUUUAAGCGAACUUAAAAUACCUAAUUUGCACGACCAGAUGUAACGAUAUCAGUAAAAUGCGCUCUUUUAUUUAAUGCUUGUGUAAUUAGAUCGAUGAUGAACAGGGACAAUAUGUGUACGUGUGAUGUUUAGUUAUUUGACAGUAAUAAUAAGACACUUGCUGACUUAUUUUUGAGUUUAUAUUGCUAAGUGUUGUUUAAAUGCUACAUGCAAUUCAAUCUUGGUGUCCCAUAAACGAAGUUCGUUUUGACUAUUAACUAAUUUUAUAGAUGUUAUUCCAGCUAUAUUAACAUCUUCCUCGUUCAAAUCGUGGUUGGACGAACUUUGUUUAAACCGACAUAGUUUAUAUGUAUCAGAAUAAGUAAUCCACUAAAUGGAAGAAGAUCUGCUCUAUUUAUUUAAACUAGAACUACUUAAGAUAAUUUGUAUGAGCCAGUAAGUAUACAAAAUGCUAUUAUGUUAAAUGAAGAAGUAUCAUACUAUCCAAUAUAUCAAUAUAGGUGUAAGCGACAAAAAUAAUGUAUAGUGUCUCUUACGCCUAAAAGGCGAAAAUCCUUGAAUAAGUUUUGCAAUGAACUUUAAAUGACAAUUUAGAUGAAAUACUGUUGAUCAACUUAGUUGUAAGAUCAAAAUACAUAGUCAGUACUCCUAAUUACCAAAACGUUAAUUUUAUUGUUUUAACUAGAAUAUGUUUUACUCCCUAUUAUAAUUGAUAUAAAUAGUAUUAAGCAUGUUAUUAUUUGUAUAUGUUGAUCUUAGUGAGUAUGAUACACAGAGUUAUCGCACACAAUUAUUUGAGAUCAUUAUGUUACAACUGUAACUGACUGAAUUUAGUGAAAACGUGUGUCCAACUUGUAUCAUACGAACUGUUUUGUUUAAACAUCCAAAAAAUUCUAUAUUGUAGUAAUAAAUUGUCUAUAAAUAUUCCAUUUUGUUAGUUAAAUUUAUAAGUUAUUCCUAUUUUUUUAUAUCUUAUUGUGCAUGAUAAAUCAUGUAAAAAUAACAUAUUUGUGUAAUAUAUUAA